GAUAAUUUGAUUUUUUUUCUCACCUCCCCUCCCCGGUCCCUUUUGGAGGGUGAGGGGGCUCUCCCUGCCCUGGGAGCCAAACAGCGGCCGUCGGGGUUGGAAAAUAAUUUCAUUUCGAAACUUGGCUCAGCUGCCGGGUCAGUGACCUGCCCAGCAAGGAGACCAGGAGCGUGUGAGAGGAAUAUCCCGGCCUAGAAGGCUCGCGUUUGGAGUUGGAGGAAUAUCCCGGCCUAGAAGGAUUGCUCCCGUCCCCUUCCUGGGCCGGGACCGUUCUGACAUGUCUUUUUCUAGGAACUGGUCCAUCCUGCUGGCGAUAGGGCUCUUCCACCUGUGUCCGCCUUGCCUGCCAUGUGGAAUUUCCACACAUAUUGAAAUAGCUCACAGGGCACUGGAGUUUUUCCAUCUGGAGAGUGGGAGAGUGAACUACCGAGAGCUCUUGCUGAAACACCAGGAUGCGUAUCAGGCCGGGAGCGUGUAUCCUGACUCCUUUUAUCCUCAGUUCUGCAAGCUAGGAAAAUACCACGAUGUGUCCGAAGACACCCACUGGGCUCCGUUUCUCAACGCCAGCGUCCAUUACAUCCGCAAAAACUUCCCUCUUCCCUGGGAGCAGGAGACCGAGAAGCUGGUGGCUUUCCUCUUUGGCAUUUCUUCCCACCUGGUGGCAGAUGUGAGCUGGCAUGGCCUUGGCAUUGAGCAGGGAUUCUUGAGGACCAUGGGAGCGAUUGAUUUUCAUGGCUCUUACAUUGACGCUCAUCGAGCUGGAGAUUUUGGAGGAGAUGUGCUGAGCCAGUUCGAGUUUAAUUUUAAUUACCUCUCCCGGGACUGGUACGUUCCCGUCAGAGAUCUGAUAGGGAUAUACAAGGAACUCUACGGACGAGAGAGAGUCAUUACCGAAGAUGUAAUUGUCGACUGCACGUAUCUUCAGUUUUUGGAAUUGUUCGGAGAGACGCUGGCCGUGUCCAAGCUUUACCCAACCAUCGCCAGAAAAUCACCGUUCCUGGUGGACCAGUUCCAGGAGUAUUUUCUCGGCGGGAUGGACGACAUGGCAUUUUGGUCCAACAAUAUUUUCCAUCUAAUGGGCCGUAUGUUGGAGAAUGGGACCAGAGAUUGCACUGUCCCUGAAAACCCUCUGUUCAUCGCGUGCGGAGGAAAGCCCGGGGGCUCUCUUGGGGAGAAGAUGAGCCAGCACCAGCUCCACAAGAACACAACUGUCCUCUUCAGCACGAACAUCGAGAAGAACAUAAGCCUCACCGAACGAGGCGCCUAUUUCAGUGUGGACACGUGGGCCCCGAAUUCCUUCUCCUCCAUAUACUCUCUCCUUGCGCAGAAGAUGAAAACGGUGUUUUCCAGCGCCGGCGAGGAGUCCCCUAACCACGUCUCCAGCCCCAUCGCCUCCUACUUUGUGGGCGUCCCCUAUGCGAGGCUCGGCUGGGCCUUGACUUCGGCUGACCUGAACGAGGACGGGCACGAUGACCUGGUGGUGGGAGCCCCGGGCUACAGCCGGCCGGGGAGCGUCCAGCUCGGUCGGGUGUACGUCGUGUACGCCAACGGGCUCGGCCUGCCGCCGGUGGACAUGGAUCUGGACGAGGAAGCCCAUUCCAUCCUGGAGGGCUCCCAGCCCUCGGGUCGCUUCGGCUCGGCAGUCGCCGUGAUGGACUGGAAUCGGGACGGAGUCCCGGACUUGGCGGUGGGGGCCCCGUCGGUGGGCUCCGACAGACUCAACUACACGGGUGCCGUGUACGUGUACUUUGGGAUCAGAGGGAAAGGCCUGUCUCCUCAUCCCGACGUCACCAUCUCCUGCCAGGAAACGUACUGCAACUUCGGCUGGACGCUUCUGGCGGCGGACGUGGACGGGGAUGAGGUGGUGGAUCUGGUGGUCGGUUCGCCCUACGCCCCCCGGGGAGGGAGGCAGCGGGGGCUCGUGGCUGCCUUUUACUCCCGCUCCAGCAGGUCCAGCACAGGCGAGCUGUCGGUUGAGGAAGCCGACUGGAUGGUGCAGGGAGAGGAAGAUUAUUCCUGGUUUGGAUAUUCCCUGCAUGGCCACCCCCUGGAGAAGCAAACCCUCCUCCUGGUCGGGAGUCCCUCUUGGAAGAACAUGAGCGGCCUAGGUUCCCAGUUCUUCAACCGGGAGGAGAAGCAGAGCGCGGGCAAGGUGAACGGCUAUCUGCCACCGAGUCGGCAAAGCCGGUUUGUGAUCCCGGGAGAUAAGGCGAUGGGAAAACUGGGCUCGUCGCUGUCGAGCGGCCAGCUGGCUGUGGACGGGACCCCGACACAGGUGUUGCUCGUCGGUUCCUCGACCCGGGAUGCCCUGUCCAAAGUGUGGCCGGUGGCCAUGGGCCUGGCCCAGGGGGGCAGCGCCCGGCUGUACGGGCUGUCUGCCGGGGACCAGCGGGAGCCCGCCCUGCUCAGCACCUUCAGUGGCGACCGACGCUUCUCCCGGUUCGGGGAGGCCCUGCACCUCAGCGACCUGGACGGCGAUGGGCUGGACGAGGUCAUCGUGGCGGCCCCUUCCAGGACGGAGGACUUCACGUGGGGGCUGUUCGGAGGGGCCACCGGCCGGGUCUACAUCUACAACGGGCGGCGGGUGGGCUCCGGCGACGUGACUGCCGAGUGCAGGUCGUGGAUGGCUCCCUGUCCCGAAGAAAAGGCCCAGUACGUGCUCAUCUCUCCGGAGGAAAAUUCACGUUUUGGAAGCUCGGUCGCCACAGUGAGGUCCAAGGAAAAGACUCAGGUGGUUGUCACGGCCGGGAGGAGCUCGAUGGGGGCCAGAGUGUCCGGAGUCCUGCACGUCUACAACCUUGGCACGCCCUAAUCGAUCAAUCAAUCAAUCAUAUUUACUGAGCGCUUACUGUGUGCAGGGCACUGUACU